AUGAAAAAGGGUAAAGGUGAUGGGAAUCUAGAAAAGCUAAGGGAUCAAGGGUUUGGCAAAUCUAAAGCUAUGCAAGCGCUCAAGGAUGCUGGGGGCAAUUAUCAGCUUGCCCUAAGUAUUCUUCGCCAGAGAAAAGAGUUGACAACGGAGAAGCAGACACUAAUAGUGGCCAAACCACAAUCCACAACCUCACGCGCGGAGGUGGAAAUAGUUAAUGAGAAACUUGCCCUGAAGGAGCGCAAGCACCCUUGCAUAGUGCAGUACAAGAAAUGUAUUUAUGGUGAUUCCUGUCGCUUAAAAGACCUUCCUGGCGACACAUGCAUUAACUACUGCAAUUGGUCUUGUAUACACGGUGAUAUGUGUUUUAGACGACACACGAUCGAUGGCGUUAGCGUCCGUAAUUACCUUUCUCCGGUGAAGCAUGAUGUUUCUGAUAUUGAUAACCCAAAGUAUGACAGUGCACCAGGUUCAGAUAUUAAUACCGUCGAACUCCCUCGACACAAGUUAGAUUUUAUGAAGAAGGAUUUUCAUUGGAUCUCAGUUAGUGCGAUUAAGGAUUCAGAUUCUUCAUAUUGUAAUCAUAUCCCUAAAUCGCAGCUACUCUAUGUCGACCCUGUUUCGAUGACGGACCAAAACGGCGUGGACGGUGCGUCUGAAGCCUCUAGCCGACCUCAGCCUUAUUUGUCAAAAGUUAGACAGCUGGCGCACUCGCCUGGACCGUACUUUUCCCAAACUCAGGAUGAGCGUAAUCUGAAUUCAAUCGAAGUUAUGUGUCCUCCUCCAUCUUAUACAAACAAAACUAUGAAGCACCCUUGUAUUAAACAAUUUGGCAAGUGUUGGUAUGGAAAGAAUUGCUGGUACGUUGACUAUGACUCUGACAUCUGCAUCCAUUUUCUUAUGGGUCAGUGCAAGUAUACGGGUGAGACUUGUCGCUAUCGUCACGAAACUGACAAGAGCACAUCCGAAGUUCAUCAAGCGGACUCUGCAAAAACUAGAUUGCCCCACCCCAUCAUUCCGAAAGUGUUUAUGCCCUUUACAAACCAGGUGGACCAAUCGAAUCCCAAGCCUAACUACUCAUUGUCAGUUGUUGAGGAGCCCUUCACGCCAUUCUAUCAAACGCCUGUACACCCACCCGAUCCGGCCCGAAUCACGGAAGCGUUUUUCUCCGAACCGGUUGAUGAGACUAAUGAUGACGAUAUCAGUGACGAGCCCUGGGGCCACGAUUUCUUUAAUAAUGAUUCGAAUGACCCCACCCAAGAUAGUUCCAUGGGAGCCACCACCGAGGAGGAGAUGAAUAGUCUUUUGAGUCUGAUGGAGGUGUUUCCCGACACCGAGCCAUCGGUGCUUUUGUGUUUACUACGCUUAAAUAAAGGCGAUCCCAAUGCCGCAGUCGGCAUCUUAGAAAGGAUAGAAAGUAUGGCAGUGGAAGAUAUGGACAAUGCAUUCGCGCAAGCUUUUGCUGAAGAAGAAGAAGAAGAAAGCAUCAAGAGGAACAAUCAGUGUGAGUCUACCGAUAACCUCCUAACACUUCACGCGCUAUUUCCAACCAUCGAAUUACGAACCAUCGAGGUGGUGUUAGACCGGUUUGAGAAUAACCUUUUAGAGGCAUACGAUCUUCUGUUGUGUUCCCAAGAAAAAAUUACCCAAAGUGAGUAUGGAAACGUAUGGAGCGGAGAGAUGACCUGUGCUGAGCAAAUGCGGUUUAAAAAAAUUUGUGGUAUGUUUCCCGAGAUUGAACCAAGCAUCGUCCACAACAUAUUUGGCAUAUCCAACAAAAACUCCAAUGACACCGUUAACUGUCUUAAUCAGCUCACAUCUGAGCUACUCGACCCUGUUGAGCGGGAGGCGAUGGGGAGGGAGGCAACGAGUUGGCGUCCUCAAUUCAAUCCUGAGGGCAAGCCGUGCGCAGCGGCGCCACCCGACCGAUUUUGCCCCACUCAAAAGGCUUUACACGAUACCCCCGAGGCGACGCCACCUAUCCCGGACGAAUUUAAUGGGAAGUUCCUGACCUGCGGGGACUGGCGCCGCAUUCGCAAGUCCAGCUACGCGAUCAACACGUGCCGGAUUCGUGUGCUCAGCCAGGCCUCGGCGGCCUUCCUACGCGGCGAUGGCAAGACCGCGAAGGUCUUGAGCCGAAAGGGCCGCGAUCUCGGUGCGGAGUACCAACGACUAAAUCGUCUCGCGAUGCUCUCCCUGGAGCAGGAGCGGCUGGCGAACGACUCCAUCAUGACGCUCGAUUUACACGGCUUCCAUGUGGAGGAGGCCUUGGAGGUCCUUUCUCGCCGUGUUCAACUUUGUGUCAAGAAACGAAUCCCGCGGCUUACCAUUAUUAUCGGCGAGGGAAAACAUAACCGAAAAGGGUACUCGAUCGUAUACCGCGCUGUACUUGACAAUCUCAAAACCGACUCAUUUCUAAGCGCCAAGACUCGGAUAACCUCAGUCAAAUCAGCUCUCGUUGAAGUCCGUAUUAAAUUUAAUCCCAAUUUCACGUGA